AUGUCUCUCCACCGGACGACCAGGACCUACCAGACCGUGAAUGUGGCCUCUCCAGAGCCGGUGAGCAGCCCGGUGGUUUCUCCAAUAGCACCGACCUGCUCCUCCUAUGAGACGGUCCGGUACCUGGUCCCUGUGCAGCAGCAGCACCAGCACCAGCACCAGCAGAGGUUCAUCCCUGUGCAGCAGCACCAGCAGACCUUCAUCCCUGUGCAGCAGCAGCAGCAGCAGACCUUCAUCCCUGUGCAGCAGCAGCAGCAGAGGUUCAUCCCUGUGCAGCAGCAGCAGCAGCAGCAGUCCUACUACAUUGUGCAGCAGCCCAUGACCCAGCAGGUGGUCUCUCCGGUUUACCUGCAGACCCCUCAGACCCGCCUGAGCGUCAGCAGCCAGGACUCCUGCGACAUGGUGUUCAUGCAGGGCAGCACGCUGGCGAGCAUGUCGUCAGAGUUCAGCCAGUCGUCCAGUCCGAUAAAGAGCCCCGCGCCAAGCGCUCAGGAGGAGGAGGUAGAAGAGGAGGAAGAGGAGGAGGAAGAAGAAGAAGAAGAAGAAGAGGAGACGGUGGAGCUGGAGGAGACGGAGAUCAUCAACAUCAUUCAGCAGAAGCCCAUCGUGACGAUCUUCAGGACGGAGGAGAAGAACGAGUACAGGGAGAUUCCCCAGCCGACCAAGUUGGACACGCGCUACUUCGGCGAGCUGCUGGCGGAGGUCUACAGGAAGAACUGCGACAUCCACUCCUGCAUCUCCGAGCACGUGUCCAAGAUCCGUGGACGGAAACACCAGCUGGAUACCAGCAAUGACUGGAAGGUGGAGAAAGAGGAGGUGGAGGCUUUGCUUCCAAAAGGAGCCACUGAACUGACCAAACAACAAAUCCGCUACCUGCUGCAGACUCGUCUCACUGCAGAUAAGAGCAUGCGUCUGCUGCUCUCCACCUUCAGCAGUCUGAGAGAGGAGCUCCUCCACAUGUCUGAGGACCUGCGGCGUCUGGAGAUCGAGAAGGAGACUCUGGAGAGAGAUCUGAGCUUCAAAGCCGACCAGGCGAAGCAGUACGACUGUCUGCUGGAGGAAGUCAGAGAAAACAACAGACAGCUGCAGAUGUCUCUGAAGGAAACCAGCUACUCCCAGCGUACCCUGGAGAGCCAGCUCAUGGGCGCCAGAACCAACGACUCCAGCCGCGACUUCAAGCUCAAAGAGAUGGAGGGCAGGGUGAGAGCGCUGGAGAAGGAGAACGACAUGCUCCGACAGAAGUCUGUCCUGCAGUCGUCCAGCCAAAGCAGCAGCAGCACCACCCUGCACCUGAAGAUGGAGGAGCUGUCACGUCAGUACAACGACCAGCUCAGCACCAUGAGACAAGAGAAGGACCAGGAGAUUGAGCGGCUGAGGAGCCAGAUAACGAGGAUCCAGACGGAGGUCACCACCACCUGCAGCAGCAUGAAGACGUCCUCCGACAACAGUCUCCAGCUGAAAAUCUCGGAGCUGCUCGCCAUGCUGGACCAACGGCAGACGACCAUCAGCAGACAGGAGGAGGAGAUCAGGAAGCUGAUGCUGGAGAGGAGCGAAAGCUCCAACAGCCAAACCACCAAAACCAUCAUCACCAAGAGGUACAGGAACCAGUACCCGCUCCUUGGUCUGCUCGGCGACGACUACCAGUCCACCUCGCCAGUAAAAGAAGCCAAGACCAUCGUCAUCGAGAGGUCUGGACAUAUGAUCAAACAGGAAUGAAUGAACGAUAAGAAGACCCGGACAUCAACCACCCCCCACCCCCGCAUGCUCC